AUGGAUCCGGAACAAUUCAAAAUGUUCAUGGACCACCAAACGAGGCUUUUCAGCCAGCUUCUGAAAGGAAUUAACCAACCGACAGGUAGAGUACCUGGAGCUCAGCCGUUGGGAGCCAAUGUCUCAGUGUCUCAACCGUCGCCACUCGCCCUGGACGGCGACAUGGAACAGAACUUUGAGUUCUUUGAGAAUAGUUGGAUAGCCUAUUCCAAAGCCAUUGGAAUGGAUCAUUGGCCGGAAGAGAACAACUCUCAGAAGGUUAGUUUUCUGUUAUUAGUUAUCGGUGAACCGGCCAGGAAGAAAUAUUUUAACUUCGAGUUAACUGUAGCGGAACAAGCUAGUCCGCAAGCAGCAUUAGCGGCUAUCAAGGGGAAAGUAUUAGCCAAACGAAACAUCAUUAUUGAUCGUUCAGACUUUUUCUCCGCAUCGCAAAUGCCGGGUGAGUCGAUCGACGAUUUUACAACCCGUCUGAAGUGGCUUGGCAAAAUCGCAAAGUUAGGCGUGCUGGAAGCAGAGCUUAUAGCUUUUAAAGUUGUUACUGCUAAUAAAUGGCCGGAGUUGCGCACCAAAAUGUUGACUGUCCAGGAUAUAACCUUAACUAAAGCAGUUGACAUGUGUCGCGCAGAGGAAAUUACUAAAACACGGUCUCAUGAGCUAGGUCUAUCUCCAAAUCCUGAAGUAAACAAAAUCGUCAAGCAUAAGUCGAGAACGCUGCGCUGCAAAUUUUGCGGCGACCGACAUGAAUUCUCAAAAGGAUUAUGCCCGGCUUUAGGGAAACGUUGUCACCGGUGCAAAGGCAAAAACCAUUUUGAGAAAGUGUGUAAAGCGAACCGUAAGCCAAUGAUGAAGACAAAGAAGAGAGUGAAGGAAAUCAGUGGUGAAACAAGUGAAUCAGAAGAAGAGUCGUCACAUAAUGAUGCGUCAUCAGAAGAGAGCGAAGAAAUCGAAAUCGGAAAAAUCAUGGACGAUUCAGAAAAAGGUGGAUGUGUACUAGCAGAGCUGGAUUUAAAACUAGGAAGUGUAUGGAAAUCCGUGAAAUGUGAGUUGGACACAGGUGCAAACGCUAGUCUGAUUGGUCGUGAAUGUCUAGCUAAGCUUCGCGGGGAAGCAGAACCGCAAAUACUUCCGACUAAACUCCGUCUUCAAAGUUUCGGAGGUAAUAGCAUCAAAGUCCUCGGGCAGGUGAAGAUUCCGUGUCGUCGCAAGGGUAAAAGAUAUUCGUUGGUCCUACAGGUGGUAGAGGGUGAUCAUCGCCCUUUAUUGUCGGCUAAGGCAUCUCGAGUCUUUGGUUUUGUGAAGUUCUGUAAAACAGUAUCUUUUACCGAAAGGAAAAUUUCUGAAACAAAUCUUCUAAACGUGUAUCGUAUUCAAGCGCAGAAAAUAGUAGAAGCUCAUUCAGAUAUCUUCGUUGGAUAUGGAAAGUUUUCUGGGCCAGUCUCACUUGAGGUUGACAGCAACGUGCAGCCAUCAAUUCAACCUCCACGCCGAGUUCCAAUUGCGUUGAGAGACAAUUUAAGAAAGGAACUUGCCAAGUUAGAGAAAGAUGGCGUUAUCGUGAAGGAAACCGCUCAUACAGAUUGGGUGAGUAAUAUAGUACUAGUACAGCGUGGCUCAGAAUCAUCCGGUAUUAGAAUUUGUUUGGAUCCGGUUCCUCUCAAUAAGGCACUCAAGAGACCAAACUUGCAAUUCGUCACUUUAGAUGAAAUAUUACCAGAACUAGGCAAGGCCAAAAUCUUCUCAACAGUCGACGCUAAAAAGGGUUUUUGGCACGUAGAACUUGACGAGUCUAGCAGUAAACUUACAACUUUCUGGACGCCGUUUGGUCGCUACCGAUGGACUCGACUACCUUUCGGUAUUGCCCCGGCUCCAGAGAUAUUCUAA